CACGAGAGUUUUGAGAAAAACACAGUUUCCUUGGGAAAAUUAGUACGAAAAAUAAGCAUUAAAGAAAAUGGGAGACGUUGUUUUGUUCAUGGAUGAUUUGCAAUCGAUAUCUCACUGUAGAAUUUGUCAUGAAGCAGAAUUUGAAAGCUGCAAGAGCUUAGAAGCUCCCUGUGCUUGUUCAGGAACUGUUAAGUUUGCUCACAGAGAUUGCAUACAGAGAUGGUGUAACGAGAAGGGAAACACGACUUGUGAAAUAUGCCUGCAGAAGUAUGAACCAGGAUACACGGCGGCUUCAAAAAAGUGUCAGCAAAUGGAGGAAAUGACAACUAGAGAUAGUUUGGAAAUUCCAAGAAGAGAAAAUGAGCCAGAAAGCCCAGUUGAUGAUGCGAACUUCUCUGAAUAUGAGUGCACAUCUGCUGCGGAUAGAACCGCCUCUUACUGCCGGUCGUUGGCCUUAACAGUGACGGCACUUUUGCUUUUAAAGCAUUUCUUCUCUACGCUCAUCGGAGGAACAGAAGAUUACCCCUUUACGCUUGUCACGAUACUUGUUUUAAGGAUUAGUGGAAUUCUUCUUCCAAUGUACAUAGUGUUUCGAACGAUUGCAGCCAUUCAGAAAAGCAUUCGGAGACAAUAUCAGGAUUUGAAUGAGGACGAAAAUGAAUAGCACACAUCAACAAAUUUUGAGGGAGAUGAAAUCGAAGAUGGAAAUGAGCAACAUUUAGUAUAAAUGCGUACUACUGAAUUCUAAUAUGGUUUUCCGUUAUUUCCAUUUGUACAGAGCAUUCCAUCGACGCUACUCAUCCUGUCAAUACAAUUCUUCCCCGUUUUGUGGGUAUAAAUGAAAAGAAAAUUAUUUUUAUGUACGAAA